AUGCCCUUAAGAGCGACAGGUGUACCCGGUCAGAACGAUCGGCUCACCAUCCUGGUGACGACCUCUCCGAUUCCAUCUCACCCAUCGCCGGUGCUGUUGAGGACGAUUGCUCGAAGCAUUAGGGCGACGCCCGCAGAGCUCCAGCGCAGCGCGAAACCUCAAGUGUGCGAUGGGUUCAAGCCUCCGGAUGGAAGAAAGCAGCUCUGCGAGAAGGAGGCCUACGAGGGCUUCCUGGCCGCUGCCGAGGACCAGCAAGUCUCAGUUCGACAGCUCAGCACGGCACUACUCAGAGUUGCUGCGCGGCACUCCCCAC